AUGGCUUCUGAAGAACCCAAGAAAUCCAAAAAAUACGCCAUUAACAAUAAAAAAGAAAAGUCUUACUUUUGCGAAUAUUGCAAUAAAGCAUUUCGUUAUUCCUCGGUUAUGAAAACUCACAUGAGGACGCAUACAGGAGAGAAGCCUUUUUCUUGCAAGGUCUGUGCGGCACCAUUUGCCACGCCCUCUGGUUUGAAAAAUCACGUGAGAAUGCAUACAGGAGAGAAACCUUAUUCAUGCAACGUGUGUGCGGCAACGUUUGCUUAUACGUCUCACUUGAGCAGGCACAAAAAGAUUCACUCUGGCGAAAAACAGUACUCUUGCGAACAUUGCGACAAGUCGUUUGCUCUUUCCACUAGUUUGAAAUGCCAUGAGAAAAUUCAUAGUGACAAAAAAGCAUAUACUUGCGACCUUUGUGGGAAGUCUUUCACUUUUGCGACAUCGUUAAGAGUUCAUAAAAGGAGGCAUACGGGAGAAAAGCCUUACAGGUGUGAUAUUUGUAUGAAAUACUUCGUGAGCACGAGCAGCUUGAAAGGUCAUCUCAAGCAUCAUACAGGAGAGAAAAAUUUCUCUUGCGAUCACUGUAAGAUGACUUUUUUCGAUUCUUCAGCCCUUAAGAUUCACGUAAGGCUUCAUACAGGAGAAAAACCUUACGAGUGUGACUCUUGUGAAUGGAAAUUUCGUACAUGCUCGCAACUGAAAAUUCAUCGAAUGACUCAUACGGGAGAAAAACCCUUUCCAUGUACGGAAUGUGAAAAAACCUUUUCCCAAGCAUACCAUCUGAGAGUACAUAUGCGAAAGCAUACUGGAGUAAGACCUUACGCAUGCGAACUGUGCCAUAAAGCAUUCGUAGAUGCUUCCAGCUUGCGAAGACACGUUGAGACACAUGUUAGGCGACAACUCAAAAAUCCUCUUUGA